AUGUCAAAGACGAAGUUAACUUCAAGUUAUUUUCAUCAUGCAUCUUCAUUUCAAUUGACCUACCAAACACUUAGUCACAGCUUUGACGAAAUGGCUCGGAAAUAUGCCGAUCACGAAUGUUUUAUUUUUAGAGGUGAACAAAAGCGUUACACAUACAAAACAUUCAAAGCUGAAGUUGAUAAUAUAGCAGCAGCUCUUCUCGAACUGGGCUACGAAAAACACGAUCGUUUUGCCGUUUGGCUUCCCAACACAUCGGAAAACGUAACGAUAUCCUAUGCAGCAUCAAAAUUGGGUUUAAUCAAAGUGAAUAUCAAUCCGGCUUAUAUCGAACUGAAGUCAAUCGACUCACUUUCCAUCUUUCGUCGACUCGUGCCUGAACUUGGUCAACAAUUAUCGGGUCUGAAUGAUCUCUCCGCUAGAGCAGUUCCUACACUGAAACACGUCAUUUUAACCGGCGACCAGACGACUUCAGUACCGGGCACAUAUUCGUACGUGGAUCUACUUAAGCUGGGAGCUCAACUGUCACAUGAUAAAUUAUGCGAACGACAAGCAUCAGUUGAUCCGGACUCUGCGAUUGCAAUCUUCUAUACAUCAGGCACCACAGGUCGUCCUAAGGCAGCGACAUUGACUAAUUUUGGUGUAUUAAAUUUGGUUCGUGCUCAAUGGGACCUUUUGAGCCCAUAUUAUCAGCGCGUUUGUGUUCCCAUUCCAAUGUUUCAUAUUUUCGCAGAGAUUUCAGGUGUUCUCAACGUUGCCGUUGGCAAGUGUCAAGUGAUUUUUCCAGCUGUUCUACCCGAUACUGUGGCAACGAUGCGCGCAAUUCACGAAGAAAAAUGUACAGCAUUAAUUGGAGCACCGAUUAUUUUUCGUGAUAUACUAAUGCAUCCAGAUCGGAAAAAAUACGAUCUUAGCUCCUUAGCGUACGGAGGCACAGGAGCAACGACGUUAGAGUUUGAUUUCUUACGUCAAAUCGAAAGAGAUUUUCCUAUUACACGUAUGGUGCAAGGCUAUGGACUGACUGAGAAUGCUUCUCUACUUACCAGUGGCAUGUGGGCUGGAGAUGAUGAUCCGCGACGACGAUUAGGAUCAUUAGGCCGAUGUAUGCAAGGAAUGGAGAUUAAAAUCGUAGAUCAACAAGGCCAAAUCGUACCCAUUGGUCAACAAGGCGAAGUUUGGGCGAGAGGUUAUUCAAUCAUGCGUGGUUACUACGGCGAUCCCGAGAAGACGGCAGAAACAUUGACACCUGCAGGAUGGCUUAGAACAGGCGAUGAAGCUAACAUGGACGAAGAUGGUUAUCUUUAUUUUAUCGGACGUCAAAAGGAGAUCAUCAUUCGUGGUGGUGUAAAUAUUUAUCCGGUUGAAAUUGAAAAUACGAUCGUUGAACAUCCGAGCGUUAUGCAAGCACAAGUUUUCUCUAUUCCCGAUCGACGAUAUGGUGAAGAGGUGUGCGCUUGGAUCAUAUUGAAACCGAAUGUGCUACAAUGUCGGGCAGAAGAUAUCCAAGAUUUUCUCAAAAACAAGUUAGCUUUCUUCAAGAUACCCAAACAUAUACGAAUUGUCGAUAGAUUCAUUACGACACCGACGGGUAAAGUACAAAAAUUCAAAAUGUCUGAAAUCAUGAUCAAUGAAUUGAAACAAACAACUAGCAAGUUAUAA